UUUACAGGGUCCUCUAGAGAUUGCUUUGGUGUUCUUGUGUCACGAUAAGGACUCUGAAGAUGGCGCAGAAACGCCAAUGACCACGAGACACCAUCACAGACUAAGACUCUGUUUCAAAGAGUUUAUCAAGAGGUGUGGAGAUGCUCUGCAUAGGAACAAGCAGCUUAUCGCAUCUGACCAACGAGCCUAUCAGAAAGAACUGGAAAGGAAUUACACACAGCUUACCGAACAACUUGAACCUCUCUUGAGGAACAAGUAUGGCACCUUACGUGGAUCCACCAGGCAAAAGGAAGGAUCUGCCCUACUGAGGAAAAUCUCUAAGAGUUUUAAUACAGGACACAGUAUAGCUUAACAAAAAAUUCCAUUGAGAGCCUUAUCUUUACCAUGUCAAUUUUGUAUGUUUUAAUAAUUGGAAUUGAUUGAUUGAUUGAUGGAAUGAUUGAUGGAUUUCAUUCUCUGCAGUCUGUGAACCUCGUGUUUGAGAAAUUCUUUGGAAGUUGGUUGUACGAACAGUUCACACAAAAAAAAUUUAGAAACUUUUCUUUUUUGAUGGAGGCCUAAAAGAGCCCCUUCAUAUUCAAAGAUUCUUGUAAAUUAAGGGCAUUAGCGACCAAAUAUUUUCUCAACCGCAAGAUGUGUUUUGUAAUUAGUGUGGUCAUCAAAGAAAGGUAAAAAAGACAGUUUUUAGCUUAAUGUGCUAACAAUCCUGGCCAAAACGUUUGGAGAAACACACAUCCCUUUUUAUGAGUCCGUCCCGUGUUUCGUGAGCAACUUGCCUUCAUAUUCCAUCCACGAAAACAUUAUUCCCUCCCUCUUUCCCUUCCCCAACUCACACCAUCUGUGUUCAAACAUUGUCCAGGGCGGGAGGGGUGAGUACAUGUUUUGCCAUUUACAAGGUGAAGCUAUAGUGCCUCAGACGUUUUUACCAAGAUUGUAGAUUUUAGAGGUAUACACUAUUGUGAAUAUUGUACAGGUACUGUAAGUAAACAAUUUUUUUGGUCAAAAAGAGAAUUCUUUAAUUUCGUCUGUAUUUGCAGAGUAAAAAAGCUAUAAAAAUUCCCGCUCCACACAGACAUAAUGCAAUGUUUCCAAUGUUGGAACGGAUUUGUAAUGUGUGGCUUUUGUUUUUUUGAAAGUUUUGGACAGAGAAAUUAAAAGUCCUCUGGUUGAUCAACUUUAGAGAACAGUUUCUUAAAUAAACUGAACUCAGAAAUGAGUGCGAAAUGUUUUGGCUUAA